AUGGACUCAACGGCGGCGGCGAGCGCGCGCGCGGCGGCCGCCCGGCCCACGAGUCCCUCGCGGCCGCGGACCAAGCCGCGGGGGCUCGACGAGGAGACCUGCUUGGCGACGCCCAACAGGCCGCCCUCCGCCGCCGCCACCACCGCCGCCGCCUCGCCGGCCGACGCCAUGGACCCGCGCGUCUGGGCCGCGCUCCCGGACGACCUCCUCCUCGAAAUCCUCGCCCGCGUGCCGCCCUUCCUGCUCUCCCGCCUGCGCGCCGUCUCGCGCCGCUGGGGCACCGUCCUGCGGGGCGGCGACCCAUCCUUCCUCGCGGCGCACGCCGCGGCGCCCUCCCACGGGCCCUGCCUGCUCGCCUUCACCCGGGGCGCGCCGCCCCACUGCGGCGCGCUCAGCCUGCCGCUCCGCGCGCGGUACCGGCUGCCCCUCACCUUCCUCCCCGCCUGGGACCUCUCCCUCGUCGGCUCCUCGGGGGGCCUCGUGUGCCUCGCCGGCUCCGACGGCGCCGCAUUCCGCACCAUCAUCUGCAACCCGCUCACGCAGGCCUGGCGGGCGCUCCCGGCCAUGCGCCACAACCACCCGCGCCAGCUCGUGCUCGCCGUCGACCGCAAACUCCGCUGCUACAAACUCAUCGCCGCCGCCAGCGACGACAGGACCCUCCCCACCGAGGUCUACGACUCCAGGGAGGAUAAAUGGUCCGUGCACCAGACGAUGCCCGCGGCGAGCCUCUGCUCGUCCAAGAUGGCCUUCUGCGACUCCCGGCUCUACCUGGAGACGCUCUCGCCGCUCGGGCUGAUGAUGUAUAAAGUGGACGCGGGCCACUGGGAGCACAUACCCGCCAAGUUCCCGCGCUCGCUGCUGGACGGGUACCUCGUCGCUGGAGCUCGCAGACGGCUGUUCUUGGUGGGGAGGAUCGGGCUGUACAGCACGCUGCAGAGCAUGAGGAUCUGGGAGCUGGAUCAUGGCAAGACCAUCUGGGUCGAGAUAAGCCGGAUGCCGCCCAAGUACUUCAGGGCUCUCCUCAGGCUGUCUGCUGAGAGGUUUGAGUGCUUUGGGCAGGACAACUUGAUCUGCUUCACCUCGUGGAACCAGGGCAAAGGUCUCCUCUACGAUGUCGACAAGAAGGCUUGGUCGUGGAUUGCCGGUUGCGCAAGCCAGUUGUGCAAUACACAGUUCUGCUUUUAUGAGCCAAGGUUUGAUACAUCCAUCUUUUGAUGGCGGCAACAAGCUGCAUUCUGAAGAUUUGAGCUCAAAUUCUUGAGGUUCCAGAUGCCUAUGUGAUGUCCUAUUGGAGCAUACCUGGGUUCAGUAUCCAGACGCAUUGUGAAGAUUUGAGCUCGAAUACUAUCAAGUGCUAGGUGAAUUUGUAUGCGCCUUCUUUGAGCUUACAAUUUAGAGCACUUCUAGUAUUUGACUUGAGCCACCAAUUUUCUCAAGUCAUGCCAUCGGAGAUCUUUCACUGCCCCAGCAGUAGAAGUGUUGUCACAAAUGGAGGUCCGCUGUUCUCAUUCCAUUUUCUUAGCAAACAGUGACUUGUAAAUGGUUUCAUUUCCAUUUCUGAAAUGAAAGGGAUCUUCUGCUGUUUUAUCCGGAUAGUUUUGAUUUGUAAUUUCUAUGCUUAAAAACAUGAGUUCAACUGAUC